AUGUCGAAUAAAGUCGCUUUUACUAUGAAACUCAAACCAAAUGUUGUCGAUGAAUACAAACGACGACAUGAUGAAAUUUGGCCAGAACUGGUUCAUUUACUUCAGCAACACGGAAUAUCUGAUUACUCGAUUUUCCUCGAUGAACCGUCGUUAACAUUAUUUGCCGUACAGAAAGUAUCUUCGAAUACGACAUCUUCAAACGAGAAAUUACGUGAAGAUGCGAUCAUGCAACGUUGGUGGAAAUACAUGGCUGAUCUAAUGGAAACGAAUCCUGAUCAUUCGCCAGUUACACAUGAACUAAAACUUGUUUUUCACAUGGACUAA